AUGUUACUUAUCAGAGGAAUCUUAAUUUAGCUUCUCUAAAGUUGACUCUUAUGUAUAAGAGAAUGUUGAUAUCUAAUGCAUGGAAAAAGUGGAGACUUAUGGUUCAGAAUCUUUAUGAUUCAGUACCAAAAAGAAUGUCUCUGAAUCAAGGAACAACAAAACAAAUAUACAAAUGGCUAAUAACUUUUAUAAAACAAAAAUCUUGCGCAGAAUAAUUUCUAAGUGGAAAGCCUAUCAUAUUCAAUUGAUUGAAUAUUCAAUGAAAAUAAAAACAAUUUGUUCAGCAAUUGAAAUCAGACUAAAAACAAAGAUUUUAUAUCACUGGAAAUCUUACGUCGUGCAUAAAAAAUGUAACCGUCGAAGAAUGUUCGUAUCGUGCAAUCAUUAUAGAAAAACACUAAUGUCAAAGGGACUGAAAAAAUUAAAAGCUUAUCGAAAAUACAAAAAAAUAAAGAAACUUCAGCUGAGCUAUAUGAAGAAUGCACUUGAAAAAAUAAAAAUGAAUUUUCAAAAAAUGUAUCUUGUAAAAUGGCGAAAUGCUCUGUUUAAUGUUGCACGAGAGAGACAUAAGCUUCUGAAGGCCGAAGAAUUUCAGGUUAAACUUUUAACUCGAAAAUACAUACAUCAUUGGAUGAUAUUUUUUCAGGAGCAUAGAGUCAAAAAAUUGCGGAAGAAAAAGUUAUUUAACAGAGCGCAAUUCGUUUUCCUAAAAAGAUUCAUCUCUAUCUGGUAUGCAAAAUACCAAAGAGCCUUAAAUGAUCAUGAUAAGGAAAAUUGGGCAAAUGUGAUUUACGAGAUAAAACUAAAAAAGAAGUUCUUUAACAUUUGGAAAAAGUAUGUUAAAGUAAGGAUAGAAAGAAAGCUGGAAUUUCAAGCUGCUAAAGAAUUUCAUAAAAAAUUAGUUCUUCAGGAAGGUCUUAGACAUAUUUUUAGAAUUUGCUUACACAAAAUUGAUGAGCGAUAUGAAAGUCGAGAAAAAGAAAUUGUUAGAAAUGCAUUGCAAGAUUUUGAUAUUUUGAAAAAGUUUUUUAAUAAAUGGCUAAGAAUAGUUAGUACUUUAAGUCGUGAUAAAAAAUCUAGCACGGAUAAUAUUGUAAGAAAAAAUAUAUCCAAAGAGAAAAGGCCGCGUCUCAUUAUACCAAAUUUUAUAAAAAACUCAGCUUCUUUCCCAAAUAUAAUGAAGACGGCUGAAAAAUUUAAUUAUGAAGACAAUUAUAAAUCAUAUAUGUUAGAUGAAGAAUAUGAAUCUUUAAGAUUUGACCAAACAGACCGUAAAAAUCCAAAUGUAUGUAGGAAUGACAUAAACGAAAAAACUUUAUCUUCUGAAAGUUUCUCAGCCUACAGUUUGGAAUCCACUUUAAAUUCGACCCAACCCAAUAUUGAUAGUUCCCCAUUUUUUCAAAAGUCACCCAUCCAGUUUAAGAAGGAUAUAUGCACAUUAGCAAAACCUAAAGGUAUCAGUCAAACAUUAUUACCACCAUCGGCAUUUUACGUUACGAGCAGUAAUUGCUCAAAAUUGUACUAAUUAGUAUAAUUCUAUACAUACCAA